UGUAGUGUCUUGCAGUAACUGGGAGUCCCCAGACUGAAUGCUCUCUGAAAAUUUACAAGUCUAACCUUAUGUUGUGGAUGAACAAUGAAAUUAAUCAUUCUUUUUAUUUUUUUUUAUUAUUAUUCUGAACUUUUACUCUUUGCUCAGCCACUACUAUAAAGUAGUUGCAGUCCUGUAAGAAGAUAUGUAUUGAAAAUAACUAAUGGAAUGCACCAGAUGAUUUCUGUUUCUCUUUUAUAGAUUUUUCCACUUCUUUUGUUUUUAAUUGGACCGUAUUUUAUUUUUGAGAACGCCUGGAACGCAGCCAUAGAGCAGCCCUCCUCCCCCCUCCUGCCCUCCGGACUCGGCAUGUCCCACUCCAGCGAUGAGCCCACAUGCCCCAAGUUCCAACCCAAUAUCUUUGACCCCUCCCGCUGCCACGAGUGCCUGCGCCAGCGGCACCUGCACGAGAGCGCAGGGGAAAGAACCGAGCUCGAGCCUCAACAGAAACCCCUGCCUGAGGAUGGGGAUGCAACUGGGAAAAGCUCUGGACUUGGAGGUGGGAUCAGGUUGAGCAGGGCAGCGCUGCUGACGCCAAUCUCUUCCCAGACAGAGGAAAGAGACACCAGCAGCAGCAGCAACAAGGAGGACUCCGACACUGUUUCAGUGGUGAGCAGCUGCUGUGAUGUCAAUGGAGGCCAGGCGCGUAAUGAGGAGACCUUUCUGUGCAUCCUGAGCUCCGACUGCAAGCUCUACAUUUGUGAGGACAACGACGCCACAGACAGCUCUUGUGACCAGAGUGAAGAGUUCACUUGCUCCGUUAGUACCGACGAGGAGUACUUGCCGAUCCGAAGUCACCCCACCAAACUCAGGAUGACCCGUCUGGACCCUCCACCUCAUCGGCCCAACCCUCGGCAGGCCUGGAUGGAGGAAACGCAAGGUGGUGGCAGCUUUAGUCGAGGCUCAGGUGCUUCCAAAACUGCUGACAUAAUUCUUUCGCAAAUCGUUUUCAUGAAAAAGAGCUGUGUGUUAUGUACAAGUCACAAGACACUUGAAUGUCGGAGAAAAGGAUCACCUGAUCUUUGAUGUAAUGUAGUUGUGGAUAUUAUGUGAAGCAGCACACUGAGUCCUUAGUACACCUAUGACUUAACUGCACUUAAUCU